AGUAACUCCCCGGGAGAGCCAAGCUGGAAGCCGGAGAAGCUCAAGAAGGCACCUGGCUGCCGCGCGGCCGAGUGUGCUUAUUGGACCAUGUGCUGCUAUGUAUGCCUGAAGUACUUGAAAUGCAAAUUUGGAGACACUUUGCCAUCUAAAUGCUUGGCUGGAUUAAGCGCCUAAUUAGGAUGGUUUUUCAACAGGUUGGAGGAAGCAUGCAAUCGGUACUUUGGUCUGGGAAGCCAUAUGGUUCAUCUCGAAGUAUCGUAAGGAAAAUUGGUACUAACUUAUCUCUGAUCCAGUGCCCAAGAGUUCAGUUUCAGCUUACCAGCCCUACAACAGAAUGGAGCCCAAACCAUCUGGGAGAAGAUGCAGUGGUGUCUUUUGCAGAUGUUGGAUGGGUAGCCAAAGAAGAAGGAGAAUGUUCAACAAGACAAAGGACAGAGGUCAGAUCAAGGCAACCUCUCCAGGAUGACCUUCCUUUCUUUGAGAAGCCGCCAAGCAGGCAGUUUUCCUUACCAAACCUGUCUCCAGAAGAUCCUCAACAGAAGACAGCACUAGCAAAUGAGGAAGCAUUGCAGAAGAUCUGUGCCCUUGAAAAUGAACUUGCUGCUCUCAGAGCUCAGAUUGCCAAAAUUGUAACCCUGCAAGAACAGCAAAAUCUCAUUACAGGUGACUUAGAUCCUGCCACAUCUGUUACUACACCACCAUCCUCUAUUCCACCACCACCACCACCGCCGCCGCCCCCACCUCCCCCACCCCUUCCCCCAUCAGGGCUCCACCAAAGUGUAUCAUCGGCUAUUGACCUGAUAAAAGAGCGAAGAGAGAAAAAAGCCUGUGCUGGGAAGACUUUGGUUAAGAGCAGUCCAAAGAAACCCGAUAUGCCAAAUAUGCUAGAGAUCCUUAAAGAUAUGAACAGUGUAAAACUUCGGUCAGUAAAAAGGUCAGAACAGGAUAUAAAGCCCAAAACGGUGGAUGCUACUGACCCAGCUGCCCUCAUAGCAGAGGCUCUGAAAAAGAAAUUUGCUUAUCGAUAUCGAAGCGAUAGUCAAGGUGAAAUUGAAAAAGGAAUUCCCAAACCUGCAUCAGACGCCACCUCAGAAACAGUGUUGGUGAGUAUUGGGUCACCUCUUCCCUCGUACAACAUGGCAGUUUACUCCAUUACUGAGCCACCUGUAUUUUGUGACAUUGAGCUGUGGCCUUAGCAAAAUUCAGAAGGAUGUGCUAUGGGAUUUAGCCCCUACCCAUGAGUAGAUUUCUAGAAGAGCAUAAAAAGGGAAGCAAAAGCCAACUCUUGGCUUCACUGCUUAGCAUCUCCAGUGUUAAAUUUUCCAUGCUGUGCUUGAUUUCUGUGUAAGCAUAAUGAAGCAAAAUUCAUUAUACUAAAAUUUAUAUCUUAGGACAGUAUGUAUGUUGUGGAGGAGAAUUCAAAAAGUAAAGAUCAUUUUCCUUUAGGGGGCCUUGUGAAAGUAGUCUGAUGUGGGUGAGAUCAACGUGGACCUUCCUUGCAGAAUGUUUCAUGUCAUAGGGGAGAUUGAGCAUAUUUUAUGGAAACUCAAAUACUAAUUUAUACAUUCCCUUUACUGUCAUGUGGUAUAUGUGCUUAUCCAUUCUAGAAAAGCAGGUAUCUUAGAAAUUGUAGCAUCUUUGAAACUCCUUUAGUCAUUGAAAAAAGGAAACCUCAUACUUCAUUCUUUUACUCAGAGAAGUAAAAUUGGACUAAAGCUUAUGGUCUUGCUAAGAUGGUUAUAGUUUUCUAGGAAGUAAUUUGCUUUCCUUGUUAAUGUGUCAUGUUCAGUUCAUGGUUUUACUAUUAUCUAGCUGCUUGGUUUUUCAUGCAGAACCUACCCAGACCUUUGAUCCAGGAUUAGGAGGGGAGGGUAUCAUUACUUUUACCUGAACCAAUGUCUUUAUUUAUACUUUUUUUUCUUUCUUUUCCAGUUUGGGCCACACAUGUUGAAGUCUACAGGAAAAAUGAAGGCUUUAAUUGAAAAUGU